AUGGAUUAUGUAGUCAUUGUAGGUGGAUUACUACUUGCCUGGACUUUGCUUCAAUGGGUAGCAAUAAACAAGAGAGGUAACAAAAAACUUCCACCAGGGCCAAUUCCCCUUCCAUUGAUUGGAAAUUUGCAUAAUAUUAUUGGCGAUCAACCUCACAAGUCACUUGCUAGGCUUGCCCAAAUAUAUGGGCCAAUGAUGAGCCUCAGAAUGGGGCAAAUAACAACAGUGGUAAUAUCUUCAUCAGCCGUGGCCAAACAAGUCUUACAAAAACAAGAUUUGGCCUUCUCCAGCAGAACAAUUCCAGAUGCAAUCCGUGCCCACAAUCACCAUCAGUUCUCUGUUGUGUUUCUACCAGUUGCUUCUCGCUGGAGAAGCCUAAGGAAGAUUUUGAAUUCUAAUCUCUUCUCCAGCAACAAGCUUGACGCAACUCAGCAUCUCAGGUCCCAAAAGAUGCAAGAUUUAAUUGGUUAUUGCCGCAAGUGUAGCCAAACUGGUGAGUCAGUGAAUAUAGGCCAAGCUGCUUUCGAAACCAUGAUUAAUCUACUUUCCAAUGCCAUUUUUUCCAAGGAUGUAGUGGACCCUUAUGCAAAUUCAGGUAAAGAAUUUAAGGAUGUGGUCUGGAACGUCUUGGAAGAAUCUGGUAAGCCCAAUUUCGCCGAUUAUUUCCCCCUCUUGAAAAGGAUUGAUCCUCAAGGGAUAAGGCGACGCAUAGGCAAGCAUUUUGAUAAGUUGCUUCACCAGAUUAUAAAGGGAUUGGUUGAUGAACGAUUGGAGCAAAGGAGGAAAUCACCAAAUGGCAGUAGAACAGAUUUUCUCCAAGUUAUGUUAAAUACUAGCGAAGAAGAUCCGCAGGAAAUUGACAGAAAUCAUAUACAACACUUGUGCCUGGACCUUUUUGUUGCGGGAACGGAUACAACUUCAAGUACAUUAGAAUGGGCAAUGGUAGAGGUUAUGAGAAAACCAUACAUAAUGAAUAAAGCUAAAAGCGAGCUUGCAGAUGUUAUUGGCAAAUGCACGAUAAUCGAAGAGGCCGAUAUUGGUCGUCUCCCUUAUUUGCAGUGCAUAGUGAAAGAAACCUUGCGGAUGCACCCUCCAGUACCCUUUUUGAUUCGCAAGGUCGAUCAAGAUGUCGAGGCAUGUGGCUAUUUUGUUCCGAAAGACUCUCAAGUGUUAGUCCACGUAUGGUCAAUAGGUCAUGAUCCAGCUACAUGGGAGGAUCCUCUGACAUUUAAGCCAGAAAGAUUUUGGGACUUGAAAAUCGACGUUCGUGGCCAUGAUUUUGAACUCAUUCCAUUUGGUGCUGGUAGAAGAGUUUGCCCGGGAUUAAAUUUGGCGAUUGCGAAAUUAUGUACAAUGUUGGGUUCGUUGUUGAAUUCAUUUGAUUGGAAAGCUGAAGGCGAUAUUGCAGCACAAGAUUUGGAUGUAGAAGAAAAGUUUGGUAUUACACUAGCCAGAUUGCGUCCUUUGCUAGCUGUUCCCAUUCCACUUUAA